UUUAUACAUAUAGAAAUAAAAUAUAGAAGCAGAAAAAAUUCUUUCUUGUGAAAAAAAUUUAACACUGAAAAAUAUGUGUAAUUUCUGUUUAUAAAAUUAAGUUAAAUAAUGCAAAAUAUUUAAAAUAAAAAAGUAGCGGCUUCAAAAAAAAUAUUCUUACAUACAUUAUACUGAAAAAAUCAAUAUGGAUAGUGGCUUGAUAAAAAAAGCUUUGUGCUUCCAUGGCAAGCCCAUGCAAAAGAUAUGGGAUGAUGAGAGGGGUGCUGGAGACUUACAAAAAAUAGGAGUGCCCGAGGAUGGCAACUACAACAUCUAUAUGGAUAGACAGAAGUAUUUCACAUUUCAGGAUAGGGCCAAACGAUUGAAAUUGCAUCAAUUUCUCUCACGCAAGGCUUUGGAUUUAUAUGACAAGGAUUUAAGCAAAUCGUUUAUACAGUCCAUAAAACCCAAGGAGGAUGUGGAGAAGGCUAAACAAUUUGUGGCUGAGAUACCACCCUAUGAACUAUUCAUUGUCAAACAUCAGGACAAGGUUAAACGUCAUAUUUUGGAAUCUAUAAUGCCGGGUGAUAUUGUAUAUGCCUCUAUACCACGUUCAAAACUCUCCACCACAAAACUAUUAGCUGUAAAAUUAAACGUAACACCUCUUUGUACGGGAGAACCAAAUUGUAAACUAAUACAUGAAUAUAAAUUAAAGGCUCAAGUUCCACCCCAACUAUGUGAAGAAAUUGUUCCAUUAAAGGGUGUUAAACCACGUGGCAGUGAAGCCCUGGAAUAUUUGCGCUGUGAAGUCGUUGAAUUUUCCAUAGAUGCAGAUCGUUUAACCUUAAGUCUUUUGCAUACAACAACAAAAAAUAAAAAUAUUAAAUUAGGCUUGGUGACAUAUGAGGAAUUGCCACAAUUGUAUCGUAAACUAUCGGAAAGUACUUUAGAAAGAUACGAAGAAUGUCUGAAAAAAGCUAAAGAAUAUGAAAAUCCAAAUUAUGAUAUUUUAUAUACACUCAAUGGUUUGGAUAUCAAUGAUAAUUUUUCAUUGAUGAACAAUUUAAAGUAUGAUUUUCCACCACAAGAAUACGCCAAGGAACUGAGACAGGUACAGGCGAGUAAAUGGGCUUUUAGAUCUGUGGCCGAGGGUAUAGAGUACUUUAAAGUGGGUCAGCAUGUAGAAGCAUUUCAAUGUCUUAAUAAGGCCUUGAAUAUAGAUCCGCGCAAUGUGGAGGGUUUGGUGGCCCGGGGUGCCUUAUAUGCCAAUAAGGGUUCGUUUCUAAAAGCCGUGGAGGAUUUUGAAAAGGCUCUUAAGCUUAAUGCUUAUCAUGUUAAUGCACGCAAAUACAUGGGUGAAACUUUAGUGGCUUUGGGACGCAGCUAUGAAGAGGAUAAUCGUAUACAAGAGGCUGCCAAAGCAUAUAGAGACUGCUUGAAUAUAAUACCAAAUCAUGAACAGGCUCGCCUUUCCUUGGAGGCCAUACAACAACGUACUGGUGCCACAGUCGAGCCCAUAAUGCCAUCUCAACUACCACCAGCUGCUACCGAAAAAUCAUUGCAACAGCAAAUAAAUGAUUUUGAAAAUCAGAUUACAUUAAUAGUAUCUUCUAGCAAUGAAGAGGAAUCCUCUGAAGGAUCUUCCGCCUCGGAAACUGAAGGCUCUGACGAACAUGCUCUUAAAGAUCACUCACUAUCGCCACUAAGCAAGAAAAUGGUCAUGCAUAGAACAGCUAUGGAGACCGGACAAAAACCACAAGCACAAUUUAAUCAACCAUUUAUGCAAACUAAUAGAAAUUCAAUGAAUUUACCGGUUAUUCCAAAUGAAUUUAAGCUGGACGAUGAUGAUACAGAAUCUAGGGUGCAAAAACUCUUGCAAAAGGCCAUGAAACAUAAAAAGGAAAAAAAGAAAUCAAAAAAAUCCAAGAAAUCGAAAAAAUCUAAAAAGGAAACCAAAUCUGUCAAGAAUCCUUCAUCAUUAUUGGAAAAAAUUAACUUUCAGGAUGCCUACAAUAUACUAGGUGGUGGUUUACAAAUUGAGAGUACUUUAAAUGACAAUCUUAAAAUGUACGAGCAAACCAUACAGGAAAUACGUAAGCGUCAGGAAUUACUGCAGCAGUCAACUUCAACGGCGACAGCAUCUACAUCAGCUGCUGCUUAUAAUCGCAGAGAACAACAACGUCAAAGAUCGGAAACCCCACCACCACCACCUUUAAAGCCCAGCUUGCCUGCGCAAUCGACAUAUGUUUAUAAAUCCAUAAAUUUUGGCAAAAAUUCUUAUACACCGGCCGCACCCAAGCCGCAUGUUGUGGAACCGCCAAAAUUUUCAUUUCAGAUAAAAAAACCAGUUAAAGUGGAUAAAUUUGGUCUUAUACGCUUGGCCACACCUGCUCUACAAAACAGUCCAACACCAUCGCCACCCAGAUCCAAACGGGUUUCACGUUCACCACGUUCUCGGCGACGCACACGUAGUCGCAGCCGCAGUGGCAGUAGAAGUCGUGGUGGCAGUAACAGAAGACGUAAUUCCCGUUCACGUUCUCGCAGUCGAGUGUUCAGAGGGGGUAGUCGCAGCAGCAGGCCCAGAUACAGACGUCAUCGCAGUUCGUCUUCAAACUCUCGUUCGCGUUCGCGUUCUCGUUCAAAUUCUCGUUAUCACGGUCGUAAACAUGAUUCACGCGGCAAAUCUUCGGGAUCACGCUCUGCACGCCGUUCGCCCUCUCCAUUUGUGCCACGUGGCACUCCCUCACCAAACACUCGUUAUCGACGUUCACGUUCACCCCGUUUUAAUAGACGUUCACCUCAUGGCCGUCGUGGUUCACGCAGUCCCGUUCGCCGAUAUCCUCCACCUAAAUUUGGUAAUCGCAGUUGGCAACGACCCGAUUUUAAACCACGCGUACCCGCUGCUGCGGCAGCAGCCGACGGUAAAUGGCUACACGAUAAAUUUGAGGAUAAAAAUGAUGGGCCCUCCAUUGAGGAAAUUGAUGAGAUUAUCAGUAAAGCUCAAAAGGAACGCAAGCAAGAUAUAAUUAAUCGUGAUAAGAAUAUACUUAAAAAGACUAAGAAUUGGUAAGAAUUGUUGGAAAAGUACGUUAUUAUAAUAAAUACUGUAUUUAUAAAUAUAAUUCCUAAAAUAUAUUUUGUAGCUUAUAAAAUUACUAUAUUACAUACAUACAUAUAAAUAACGUACGUGGUUUGUUUUAUUGAUGGCAUUUCAAAUGUUAAGAAAUAAAUUUAAUAAACUACUUUAAUUGAACUAAA